ACGAUUAGAUGUUGCAUGUUGACAGCUGAGUUAUCUUUCAAACACGUGCAUCAUAAUAGUCAGCUCUUAACCUUAAUUACAAACGCGUUGUCGAAUUGAAAGACUGACUGAGAGAAUCGAAUCUUUUCGACGAAAAAUACAAGUGAGAAUCAAAACGACAGUUAAAACAACAUGAGUUUCCGUGGACGAGGUGGCGGAGGAUUUGGUCGAGGAGGAGGCGGCGGAUUCAGAGGUGGAAACCGAGGCGGUGGCGGCGGUGGAGGUUUUAAAAAGUUUGAAACUGGACCCCCCGAAAAAGUAAUUCCAUUAGGAUAUUUUGAUUAUGCGUGCCAAGAUGAUUUAGUAUGCAAGGUUACCAUUCAAGAUGUUCCAUAUUUCAAUGCUCCAAUUUUCUUGGAGAAUAAAGAACAAAUCGGCAAAAUUGACGAAAUUUUUGGUAAUCUACGGGAUUACUACGUUACGAUUAAACUCGGUGAAAAUAUGAAAGCCGGUAGUUUUAAGUCACAACAAAAGUUAUUCAUUGAUCCAGCCAAAUUGCUGCCGUUGCAUAGAUUUUUACCAAAACCACCACAGCCCAAAGGACCAAAGGGAAAGAAGGGACCACCAGGAGGUGUUGGUGGUGCACGAGGAGGUGGCGGCAGAGGUGGUUUCGGGGGCGGUGGUAGAGGUGGUUUCGGUGGCCGAGGUGGUGGCGGCGGUGGUUUCAGAGGUCGUGGAGGAGCUGGUGGAGGCCGAGGAGGUGGAGGUGGAUUUGGCCGAGGUGGUGGCGGCGGUGGAUUCAGAGGUCGUGGAGGUGGCGGUGGAGGUGGUCCAAAACGGUGGUAAACGACGCGCCUUUCUUGAACUCAGGAUUACACAUUUAUAUCGAGACUUUUUUAAUAAAAUAAAAAAACAACAACAACAAUACAUCUAACUACAUUACAUGCAUGAGAGCAGGGUCGUUCAAUUUCUUAAGCAGAUUUAAUUACAUGCAUAAACUUUAUUUUUAUGAAAAUAAACAUAUUACAAAAUCAAAUAUUUUGAAA